AUGGAUCAGUCAAUGGCUCUUAUUGAUGCACAAGUGCACUUCCUAGAGGAACGUGUUGUACUGGUACAUAUCCCAUUGGAACUGUACCCUUACUUCUUGAAGUCUGUUCUAAGACUCAUCUUCGAUGAAACUCCCCCGCUGGAAGAUGAGAUAGACGAAGAUGCUGCAUUUCGUGAUUUCGAACCCGUCUCUGAGCAUGGCUCGGAGUACAAACCACCUGCGUUCAUGAAUGUCUCCAUCACUCCAGUCGAAGUCUCUGUCAUGUGUCCUAGACGCCUGAUUGACAAAUAUUUUGUCCCCGUCAUGGACCAACUUGACAAGUUGGAUGUCUCACUCCGAUCCCGUCUGGUCGUGAGCGAGAAUGACUACAUCGCCAUGCAAGUUCUCGGUCAGGGCCUCGAGGCCGGCAAGCGAGUCUUGGAAUUAACCAGUCCACUUGCCCUAGCAGGCAUCUCCAUCUUCUUCAUCUCAACCUACUUCUCCGACUACAUCGUAGUCCCCCAAAAAAGCAAAGCAAACGUAAUGUCUGCGCUAGAAAAAAGAGGCUUUCAAUUCGACAACGCCUCAGCUGCCUUCAUCAACAACCCACUCAGCCCAACAACUGAAAGAAGACUCAGCGACCUCAUCCCACCUGGAACACCCCCACCCUCAACUCUAGGCGAGCUCCAAACCCGCACCUUCAACAACCUCCGCAAACACAAAAUCACGCCCUCCGUAGACCACUCCCUACGUCUAGUCCAGUGCGCAGCCCACCAUGAAUACCACUCCCAAGAAUCCUCAAUGUGCAUCCUCCGCGAAGCCCUAACAACAGUCCUACUCGUUGACGAACCUCGCUUCUUAUCCCUAACCCUCGCAUCCCUCGACCCAGCAGCCUCCCUCCUCAUAGAGAAGCGUCUCCUGCCCCGCUUCGCCCGCCAAUCAACUUCUUCAACAGGAACACGCUCCUACGAAGACGGCUCCGGUCUCCUCCUAGGCUCAAAGGAAGAUCAUCUCGUCCCAAUCACCCUCGACCUCCGCGACCUCCCUCUCGAGGCAUCAGGCAUCGUCUGCGGCGUCGCAGGCCGCCUCGCGAAUGCAGCUAACGCCCCACUCUCGCCGAUACUCAGCGGAGAGACAAGCGCUGUCGGAAGUGGUGCGAGCAGCGUAGUCGGCUCCGUGCCGAAACUGUUCGAUUCUUUCGGUACUCGUCUCGCGGCUCUAUCUCUUAAUAAAACAUCUAUAUCGAGCUCUGCGCCGACUCAUGGAUUGCAACCCUUGCACUCGACACAUCACCUCCAGCCUGAUAUGGAUGUCGCCGAUGCGGUCGAGAUUAGUUUCUUGAGUACGGCGCGUGCGGGAACAAUUAUUGUGGGCGAGCAUGAGCUUAGGAGGGCUAUCGAUGCCCUCGAGGAGGAGAAAAUGCAGUCGCCUAAACUUGGGGGUAUGAAUUUGGAGUCUGUGACUCCGCCUGAUAGUCCGUAG